AUGGACGAGGUGGACGGCAUAUUUAGAGGAGACAACGGAGCCUCCGUUGUCGGACAACUUGAAGUGCCGCACUUAUUCAACUCAUCAAGAAGAGCAAGGUGGGGANNNNUUUCGGAAUGGGUGUAUCGAUGA